AUGGCACCUGGACAGACUAUCGCCGUGUACAUCCGCCGCCCCGGCGACCCAAAAGCGAUGCACAUCCUCACCAUGCCUCGCGACAAACUGUGUCGCCAUUCUCGCGCUUUCCGUGCAUUCCUCGAGAACGUUAAGGUCGAAGAUGAAAAGAACCGCGAGAUCAUUUUGCCGAAAGGCUCACCUGCGGCUCUGCGCCAUGUCCUUCAGCUCCUCCUCGUAUAUCGCGGAAAGCAGGAGCUCUACAUCAACCUCCGCGACAUGACGAUCAAGCAAUCGGUCAUGAUCUGGGACGCCGCCAACGAGAUUGGCAUCGAACCCGUCUCUGCGCGCAACAAGAUCAUGAGUGUGCUCGCCUGGCGUGUGUCUCACGAGAAAAUGACACCCGAAAUCAUGCAGGCGGUUUACGACGUCUUCGAACCACACCGCAACAGCGAAGACCUAGAAAAGAAGAAGCUUUGGGAUGUACUCGUCCAUCAGUACGUCUGGGAUACUUUCCACGAGCGCUUCACGGAGGAAGAACGACAGGCACUCGAGUCCGUGUACGUCAGCCUCCCACCACUUGGCGUGGCCAUUGCGAACAAACAGGACGAGCUACGAUCAAAGAAGGCACAGCAUGAAGAAUGGGCGGAGAAGAACGAGAUCCGCGGCAACAAUCGCAGGGAGAAGAAGACCACAGAGCGAAAAGCGCACAACGAGGAAGAGCGAAUCAAUCGACAAGUUGAGGAGGUCGUCAACGGUCUUCGCCCGAUGAAUGCCGAGCUGCAGCCGUACGUUCUCGCUCGUGAGCGUCGUGCCGGUAGUGAUGGCGACGCAUACAGUCAAUAG